GAUCAUUUUGAGGAAUCUCAAUUUGAGUCACUAUGCAAAGAUAGUUAAAAAACUAAGAAAAACUGCAGUACCAACACUCUUUAGCAUUCCAAAUCCACCACCAUCUGUAACUGACAAGAGGAUAAGAGAAGUAAGAUGUCCUAAGCCAAAUACUGAAGUGGAAACUCUACCUGCUUCAAAUGAAGAGUUGUUAAAAAAAAUAGAAUUCCUUGAGCAACAGCUUCAAGAAAAAGAUGCAAAAUUGACAUCAUUUUUGUCCGAUGAGCAAGUAGGAACCCUUGCUGUGCAGUCAAAAAGGAACUGGUCAGAAAAGUCCAUUAUAAAAGGACUGAAGAUGCGAUUUGCUUUGGGCAAACAUGGAUAUAAUUACCUCAGAAGUACUGGAUAUCCAGCACCAUCGUACAGUACCUUGAACAGGAGGAUUAGGGACAUAAAAAUUAAUUUCGGCAUUUUAGAAAAUUUGUUUUUUUUCCUCAAGACAAAAGUUCAUUCAUUGGAUGCUCUUGAUAGGAACUGCUGCCUUUUAGUUGACGAAAUGGAAAUAGCUUCAUAUCAAGAUUUUGAUACAUCGUCUAAGUCAUUCAUUGGAAAUGUUACGUUAACACUAUUGUCGUUAUUACACUAUUGUAAUGCUUAGAGGCCUUAAAACAUCAUGGAAACAGAUUGUUGCCAAUGAAUUAACAGGGCCUUCAACAUCAGGUUCUGACAUGAAAGAUCUAAUUCAUAGAACUGUAGUAGCAGCUACAGAAAUAGGUUUAACUGUAAGAGCCUCUGUUUCAGAUAUGGGAAGCAAUAACAGAGCAAUGUGGUCGUCAUUGGAUGUGUCUGUCUCUAGGAGAGAUAGGAAGACAAAUUACAACAUUGGAGGACCUGAUGUUUUCAUUCACAGUAUUGCAGAUGUACCACAUCUCAU